UGAUGACGUCACCACGCACGCACGCACGCUCAGCGUCGAGUCUGGUCGUUCAAGCUGCUCUCUUGUGUUUGCACAACCAAACACAUUUUAUUUAAGAGUCAUUUCUGCCUUGUUUUCGUCGGGUACAGCGCUAUUUGGGCCUUUGCUAAUUAAAACACUUGCAGCAGACAACGAGCAUCAAAUAUCCUUUUACAAAUAAUCGGUUUCUACCCACAAAUACAUAAAAAGGGAGAUGAUCUGUUGCUGAUCCUGAAUGGAUAGAUCUGCUCCUCCUUCAGUGAAGCUCCUCCCACUGCAGGUCAGCAAUAAAAUAUUCCCAUCAGGAAGAAGUGAAAUCUGCAGAGACAGAGUUUAUUGAAGGACAGAGAGAACAUGAGAGAUCCAGAACCCUGCAGAAUGAAACACACUGAAGAACAAACAGAGAUGGAGAAACAUAAUGUCAAAAAUGGAAAAAUCGAUGUCAAGUCUCAGACUGAAAGUAUCUCUUUACUGAAAAGAAAAGACAAGAAAAGUUUCACCUGCGUUCAGUGUGGAAAGAGUUUAACAUGCAAGAAGAGUCUCAAGAUUCACAUGAGGAUCCACACUGGAGAGAAACCGUUCACAUGUGAUCAGUGCGGGAAGAGUUUCAGACAACAAGGACACCUUAAGGACCACAUGAACGUCCACAGUGUAGAGAAGCUGCACCCAUGUGAUCAGUGUGGAAAGUGUUUUGCAUACAAACAGAGUCUCAAGGUUCACAUGAAGAUCCACACUGGAGAGAAACCAUAUACAUGUGAUCAGUGCGGGAAGAGUUUCAGACAGUCGUCGCACCUUAAGGACCACAUGAACAGCCACAGUGUAGAGGAGCUGCACACAUGUGAUCAAUGCAACAAAACAUUUCUGUGGGCUUCAGGCCUGAAGAAGCACCUGAAAGUUCAUUCAAAGGAGAAACCACAUUCAUAUUUUUUAUGUGGAAGCAGUUCAGAAGUCUGUCAAUGGGCGUUAACAGAGGCCAGAGACCCUGAAGACGGAUGCAUAGAUGAGAUAGAGGAGAUAAUACUGUGGUAGGCAGAGCAGGUCACUGUUCACGGUGAGCGAGAUAUUGGAAGAAAAUCUUAAAAACUGGGGUGGGGUUUAUAUGAAUAUAUCCCUGAGUAUCUUUCUGAUUGUCUUCAGAAAACUUUAGAUAUUUAGUUUUUUCAUCUUACCUCCCUAUAAUACAUAUUAAAGUGGUAUUUAUAAAUGCAAGCACUGCUUUGUUUACAGCAGUAACCAAAGAAACGCUGUAUCGCUGCUGAUCCAUAAGCGCCACCUGCUGGCAGAGAGUGAAUUUGUUCUCAUUCAGCCCGCCUGAUGUUUUUGUUUUGUGCAAAUGUUGUACGUAGUUUAAUUUCACUAAGCUGAAGUCAGGCCGUUCUGUUUUUGCUUCAGAUUUUUAAAUUAUAUACAGCAUCUUUGUUUGGAUCGUGAUUAAAAUGCAGUGGUUGCCUCUAAAUUUAAAUAGCUACAGAGAGUUCGGCCAGUAAUAGAGCAAAUAAACGUCAUGUUCACGUACUCAUAUUUUCAUUCUUUCUUGCCGUUUGCUUAAAAAAUAAAAUAGAUAUAAAACAGCAAUCAGAAUCAGCCCAUUUGCUUGCACAUCGAAAUUCAGGAUCAGGUUUUGAUUUGUUGAAGGUUUUAAUUGUUGCUGGUGCUUAUAACUUUUUGAAGCUGGGAGCACCAGUGCUACCGAGUAAAAGACUUAAUUUUAACCGCUCAACACGUGAAACGGCACCGGAAGCUGGAGGGAAACCUUUCAAGUAUUCACACUGCGACAAGAGAUUCAUUUAGUUACGAAAACGAAAAACCACAAGAAAGGGAACCAUAUCAGUCACAAUAAUAUCAUCUUCAGAUGCCCCAUCCUCACUAAACGUAUAAAUCUGUCCUAAGCAGCAGGAAAAAGAAACAUCAUCUAGUUUUCAGGAGUUUCAUCUGUGGGAUUCAAAUCAACUCAAAAAUGAUUGUUUUGGAUGAGUUUCGUAUAGUUACAUUUUCUCAAAGUAAACGUUUUUUACAUGUAUAAAGCUGUUCUUGGUCAGGAAGCUAAGAAGAGGCUGUAACAUUUCUAAGAGAAAUUAAUUCUAACUCGUUCUUUAUUGGGGUUUUUUUUUUUUUUAUUAUCUCGUCAGUCAAUAAAAGGAGAAAUCUGUCUCUUUGGUUUCUACUUUCACUUACUUUUUUUUAUUUGCUUCACCAAGAAUUAAACUCAUUAAUAAUUCUAUCAACAGCAAAUAAUAUGAUGAUAAUUUUGUCAUAUUAUUUAUAAAUAAACCAUCAAGCCAUGAACUAAUUGUGAUUGUCAACGUUGAAGGUUGGUCAUGUACCGGUUGGUUUUCAACCGUUAAGCAUUAAACGUUGAAACAAGAACUGACCUUAUUUCAACCAUAUUUCAACGCUGAAGGUCGGUCAUGUGCCGGCUAGGAAUUUAAAUAAUGGACAUCUUUAAAAACUACAUAUAAAGUGUUAGCACAUCGGUCUACACAUAUUGUGUUAAAUGCUGUGUGUAAAUACACAAGUUGUGUUGAUUGUUAAACUACACAUAAAUAUGUGUAAAAGAGGUUAUUCUUUUCUACACAUUUUUAUUUAACAUUGACACAAAAUGUGUAAAUUAGAGUGUUACACAUAAAGUGUGUAAUUUUUUAACACAUCUUUUGUCAGAGUGUAAGACAUGAAACUCCAGGGCUGAAAAUGAGUCCCACUCCGGCCCUAAUAGAAAGAUUGGCAAAGUGGCCAUCAAAUCUCAAUGAAUGGAUGGCGAAUGCUUUUUUUGAAUAAAAGAGGCGUUUUGCUCUCAAAAAUAGAAAAAUUAUUAUUAUUUUUUUUACUUAAUGAUUAGAAAUGCCUAGACAGCACUUACAGCUUCAGAGAACAUCCUUACAUUUGGCUUUUCGAUCUCCUUGUGCUUAAUGGUUUGCAGGAGUUGUCUAUGGAUUAACCAGAGCUCCACAUAAUUCUACUUAUAUAACUUAUAUAAUGCCCUACACCCUUUAAAGAACACACUUCAAAGGCUCCCUUUGAAGGGAGUAGGGUACAGGGAUGCCCAAUUGCGUUUCGAGGGGGUCCCCCAUUAAAAACCGUACGUGUAAAAUACGCGUUUUUUGUCGGAGUUCCUCUGGUAAAUUCGCGUUCCAGGGGUUAAAUAUGACUGGGGUUACUGGGGUCGCUUCAACCCGCGGCAACAGUGUUAAAGUAGCUCAAUGCCGCGGGAAAACCGCGGACUUGGCAACACUGCGAUGACGUCAUCACUCGCGCGCGCUCAGCCAGCUUCGAGUCUCGUGAGGCGCGCAGUUCGCGGUACUUCACGUAUUUAAAUUAUUGUAAAACAACACUUAACCGUUUAUUUAAGCAACAGUCAAAGAGAUCAGCUCCUCCCACAACAAUCACACCUUCAGUGAAGCUCCUCCCACAACAAUCACGCCUUCAGUGAAGCUCCUCCCACAACAAUCACACCUUCAGUGAAGCUCCUCCCACUGCAGUUCAGCAAUAAAUGCUGGAAUAUUCCCAUCAGUCUACAAGUGAAGACGAGCAUCAGAGCAUCAGGAAGAAGUGAAAUCUGCAGAGACCGAGUUUAUUGAAGGACAGAGAGAACAUGAGAGAUCCAGAACCCUGCAGAAUGAAACACACUGAAGAACAAACAGAAAACAUGGAGAAAGAAGAACUGAAUGAAGAGGAGGAGAAACAUGUCAAAUCUGAAGAAAAACCUUUAAGUUGCUCUCAAACCAAACAGAAAGAUUUAAAGAAAAGAAGAGAUGAGAAAUCUUUCACUUGCACUCAGUGUGGAAAGAGUUUGAAACGCAAAUAUAAUCUUAAUAUUCACAUGAGAGUUCAUACUGGAGAGAAACCAUUCACAUGUAAACAGUGUGGAACAAGUUUGACAAGCAAUAAAAUUCUCAAAGUUCACAUGAGGAUCCACACUGGAGAGAAACCGUUCACAUGUGAUCAGUGCGGGAAGAGUUUCGCCCGAUCAUCAACUCUUAAGAACCACAUGAACAUCCACACUGGAGAAAAACUGUAUGAAUGUGAUCAAUGUGGAAAAACAUUUUUGUGGGCUUCAAACCUGAAGAGUCACCUGAAAGUUCAUUUAAAGGAGAAACCACAUUCAUGUUCUUUAUGUGGAAAGAGUUUUUCACAUCUGCAGAGUUUAAAAGUUCAUCAGAAGAUACACACUGGUGUGAGAGAUCAUAUGUGCUUUGAGUGUGAGAAGACUUUUAUUACAGCUGAAGAUUUGAAACGGCACGAGAGGAUCCACACUGGAGAGAAACCUUACAAGUGUUCACACUGCGACAAGAGAUUCAGUCGGUUAGAAACCCUGAAAUCACACGAGAGGAUCCACACUGGAGAGAAACCGUAUCACUGCACUAUAUGCGGGAAGAGUUUCACUCAAUCAUCUAAUCUAAGCGGUCAUAAAAAGAUUCACAUUCAUUCAAAUGAGAAACCACAUUCAUGUUCUUUAUGUGGAAAGAGUUUUUCACAAAUGCAGAGCUUAAAAGUUCAUCAGAAGAUACACACUGGUGUGAGAGAUCAUAUGUGCUUUGAGUGUGAGAAGACUUUUAUUACAGCUGAAGAAUUGAAACAGCACCAGAGGAUCCACACUGGAGAGAAACCUUACAAGUGUUCACACUGCGACAAGACAUUUAGUCGGUCAGGAAACCUGAAAUCACACGAGAGGACCCAUACGGGAGAGAAACCGUUCACAUGUGAUCAGUGCAGGAAGAGUUUCACACGAUCAUCACACCUUAAGGACCACAUGAACAUCCACACUAGAGAGAAAGUGCAUGAAUGUGAUCAAUGUGGAAAAACAUUUUUGAGGGCUUCAAACCUGAAGAUUCACCUGAAAGUUCAUUCAAAGGAGAAAUCACAUUCAUGUUCUUUGUGUGGAAAGAGUUUUUCACUGCAGCAGAGUUUAAAACGACAUCAGAAGAUACACACCGGUGAAAAGACUCAUAUGUGCUUUGAGUGUGAGAAGACUUUUAUUACAGCUGAAGAAUUGAAACGGCACCAGAGGAUUCACACUGGAGAGAAACCUUACAAGUGUUCACACUGCGACAAGACAUUCAGUCGGUCAGAACAUCUGAAAUCACACGAGACGGUCCACACUGGAGAGAAACCAUAUCACUGCACUGCAUGCGGGAAGAGUUUCACUCAAUCAGCUUCUCUACGUGUUCACAUGAGGAUUCAUUCUGGAGAGAAACCAUACACAUGUGAUCAGUGCGGGAAGAGAUUCAGACAACAAGGACACUUCAAAGACCACAUGAAGAUCCACACUGGAGAGAAACUGCAUGAAUGUGAUCAAUGUGGAAAAACAUUUUUGUGGGCUUCAAACCUGAAGAUUCACCUGAAAGUUCAUUCAAAUGAGAAACCACAUUCAUGUCCUUUGUGUGGAAAGAGUUUUACACUGCAGCAGAGUUUAAAAGUUCAUCAGAAGAUACACACUGGUGUGAGAGAUCAUAUGUGCUUUGAGUGUGAGAAGACUUUUAUUACAUCUGAAGAUUUGAAACGUCACCAGAUGAUCCACACUGGAGAGAAACCUUACAAGUGUUCACACUGCGACAAGAGAUUCAGUCGUUUAGGAUCCCUGAAAGCACAUGAGAGGAUUCACACUGGAGAGAAACCGUAUCACUGCACUGCAUGCGGGAAGAGAUUUGGUCGUUCAUCUCAUCUAAGCAGACAUACAAAAAAGAUUCACAGUCUGUAGAUCCUCUUCAGAUCCAACACUUUCAGGUCUGACGUCGCGUCCUCAUCAAACAUGACACAAUAAUGCAUCAAGAAAUAAAAUCUCUUCUGUAUAAAUCUGUCCUAACAAAGAAACAUCAUCUAAAGUCACAGUGAAUAAAGUUCAUCUUCAAGACCAACAGUUUCAACUAACAUUUCUGUGGGCUUCAGCCUCAGAAGAAUCACCUGAAAGUUCAUUCAAAGGAGAAACCACAUUCAUGUUCUUUAUGUGGAAAGAGUUUUUCACUGCUGCAAAGUUUAAAACUACAUCAGAAGAUACACACUGGUGUGAGAGAUCAUAUGUGCUUUGAGUGUGAGAAGACUUUUAUUACAGCUGCAGAUUUGAAGCGGCACCAGAGGAUCCACACUGGAGAGAAACCUGUCAGAUUCAGAUCAACUCAAAGAUGGAGUUCCUCCCAAAGA